AUGAUAACAAUAAACCAACUAAUUGAUAAGGGUAGAGUAAAAAAAAUAAAAAAAACACCAAGUAGAGCGCUUAAUAAAAACCCACAGAAAAAGUGCAAAUGCAACGCUUUUAUAGUAAUGUCCCCUAAAAAACCUAACUCUGCUGUUAGAAAAGUUAUUAAAACAACUCUAAAUAAAAAAACUGUAUUAGCGUAUGUUCCUGGUGAAAAUGUUAUAAUACCUAAAAAUAGCAGGGUACUUAUAAAAGGAGGAAAUGUUCCAGAUUUGCCUGGAGUUAAAUAUAAAGUUAUACUAGGUGUUUUAGACGUUAAAAGAGCUCGUCGUGCAACUAAAAGGUCUAAAUACGGGGUAAAACGUAUUACAAUAAAAUAA